AUGCCUCUUUUUGGUAAGUCUCAAAAAAGCCCAGCGGAGCUUGUGAGAUCAUUAAAAGAUGCAGUCACUGCUUUAGAAAGAGGCGAUAAGAAAGCUGAAAAAGCUCAAGAGGAUGUGAGCAAGAAUUUGGUUUUGAUAAAGAACAUGCUAUAUGGUACAUCCGACGCAGAACCACAAACGGAUAUUAUUGUAGCACAGUUAGCUCAGGAACUUUACAACACCAACUUACUGCUGCUUCUUAUUCAGAAUUUAAAUCGAAUUGACUUUGAAGGCAAGAAGGAUGUUGCGCAAGUGUUUAACAAUGUUCUUAGACGUCAGAUUGGCACCAGGUCUCCCACAGUUGAGUACAUAUGCACCAAGCCGGAGAUACUGUUUACCUUGAUGUCUGGGUAUGAACACCAGGAAAUUGCAUCGAACUGCGGUACAAUGCUUAGAGAAUGUGCAAGAUAUGAGGCAUUGGCUAAGAUAAUGUUGUAUUCAGAUGAUUUUUACAAUUUCUUCCGUUAUGUAGAAGUUUCCACUUUUGAUAUUGCCUCAGAUGCCUUUUCUACUUUUAAGGAAUUGCUAACGCGACAUAAAAUGUUGUGUGCCGAGUUUUUAGAAACAAACUAUGAUAAGGUGUUUAGUCACUAUCAGCGGCUACUCAACUCUGAGAACUAUGUGACUCGACGGCAGAGCUUGAAGCUGCUCGGAGAGUUGUUACUGGACCGUCACAACUUCUCUAUUAUGACACGUUACAUCACAAACCCUGAUAACCUUAAGCUUAUGAUGAAUAUGCUUAAAGAGAAGUCACGUAAUAUACAGUUUGAAGCUUUUCACGUUUUUAAGGUAUUUGUAGCUAAUCCAAAUAAACCAAAACCAAUAUUGGAUAUUUUGCUAAGAAAUCAAGACAAACUGGUAGAUUUCCUUACUAAGUUUCACACAGACCGCUCUGAGGAUGAGCAGUUCAAUGAUGAGAAGGCUUAUCUUAUAAAGCAAAUUAAAGAACUGAAGCCCUCGGAACACUAA